AUGUUGGUCCCCGCCCUCCUCGUCCUCCUCUUCUGCCUCCGAGGGCAUGCAGGUCUGUCGCCCCAUUUUCUGCAACAACCAGAUGACUUGGUGGCACUGCUGGGAGAUGAGGCCCGGCUGCCCUGUGCCCUGGGCGAAUACUGGGGGCUGGUUCAGUGGACUAAGGAUGGGCUGGCUCUAGGGGGCGAAAGGGACCUGCCAGGGUGGUCCCGGUACUGGAUUUCAGGGAAUGCAGCCAGCGGCCAGCACGAUCUUUACAUUAGGCCUGUGGAGCUAGAGGAUCAAGCUUCAUAUGAGUGCCAGGCCACACAAGCAGGCCUCCGCUCUCGACCAGCCCAAUUGCAUGUGCUGGUGCCCCCAGAAGCCCCCCAGGUGCUGGGCGGCCCCUUUGUGUCUCUGGUGGCUGGAAUUCCUGCGAAUCUGACCUGUCGGAGCCGUGGGGAUGCCCGCCCCACCCCUGAGCUGCUGUGGUUCCGAGAUGGGAUCCGACUGGAUGGGACCACCUUCCGCCAGACCCUGCUGAAGGAAGGAACCACUGGGUCAGUGGAGAGCAUCUUAUCCUUGACUCCUUCCAGCCAUGAUGAUGGAGCCACCUUGGUCUGUCGGGCCAGGAGCCAGGCCCUGCCAUCGGGGAAGGAUACAGCUAUCACACUGAGCCUGCAGUACCCCCCAGUGGUGACUCUGUCUGCAGAACCACAGACUGUGCUGGAGGGAGAGAAGGUCACUUUCCUGUGCCAGGCCACAGCUCAACCUCCUGUCACUGGCUAUAGGUGGGCAAAGGGAGGCUCCCCAGUGCUCGGGGCCCGCGGGCCAAUGUUGGAGGUCGUGGCAGAUGCCUCAUUCCUGACUGAGCCCGUGUCCUGCGAGGUCAGCAACGCUGUGGGUAGCGCCAACCGCAGCACCGCGCUCGACGUGCAGUUCGGGCCAAUUCUGCAGGCAAGGCCAGAGCCCAUGUCAGUAGACGUAGGGGAAGACGCUUCCUUCAGCUGCGCCUGGCGCGGGAACCCGCUCCCACGGGUAACUUGGACCCGCAGCGGGGACGCACAGGUGCUGGGGUCCGGGACCACGCUGCGUCUUCCGUCGGUGGGGCCCGAAGAUGCAGGCGACUACAUAUGCAGGGCUGAGCCGGGGCUCUCGGGCCUGGGGGGCGGCGCAGCGGAGGCUAGGCUGACUGUGAACGCUCCCCCAGUUGUGACCGCCCUGCAUUCUGCGCCCGCCUUCUUGAGGGGCCCCGCCCGCCUCCAGUGUCUAGUCUUCGCAUCCCCAGCUCCAGAUGCUGUGGUCUGGUCGUGGGAUGAGGGCUUUCUCGAGGCAGGGUCACAGGGUCGGUUCCUGGUGGAGACAUUCCCAGUUCCAGAAGGCCGCGGAGGACAGGGCCCAGCCCUGAUCUCUGUGCUACACAUUUCGGGAACCCAGGAAUCCGAUUUUAGCCGGGGUUUCAACUGCAGUGCCAGGAACCGGUUGGGUGAGGGAGGCACCCAGGUCAGCCUGGGACGUAGAGACUUGCUGCCCACUGUCCGGAUUGUGGCUGGAGUGGCUUCUGCAGCCAUGACUCUUCUUAUGGUCAUCAUCGGGGUGACCCUCUGCUGCUGGCGCCAUGGCAAGGCCUCAGCCUCUUUCUCCAAGCAAAAGAACCUGGUGCGAAUCCCAGGGAGCAGUGACGGUUCCAGUUCUCGGGGCCCUGAGGAGGAGGAGACAGGCAGUGGCGAGGACCGGGGACCCAUUGUGCACACGGACCACAGUGACUUGGUUCUGGAUGAGGAGGGGGCUCUGGAGACCAAGGAUCCAACCAAUGGUUACUACAAGGUCCGAGGAGUCAGUCCACCCACGUCUCCAGACUCAUGUAUGACAGCUCUCCAAAUGAAGAGUCCUGGAAUCUUCAACUUGCCAUAAUGGAUUGUCCUGAUUUCUGAGGAACCAGAAAGUUGGUGACCUUCCUCCUCCAAAACUGAACAUUGAUGGGAGAGAAAGAUCAUACAAUUGUCUGACUUACUGGUGUAUCGUCAGGUCAGCCAAAGAAGCUGCCCCAAAAGGAGCAAGAUGGCCACUUGACCAACUAUUUCCCCUGUGUAAAAGGGAUUCAAGAUGGCAGAUGGGCUCUUUGUAAAGGGAUGGGGA